GACAGCGGCGCGGGCAGCUGGCGCUACGCGGUCCUGUUCGACCGUGCGCACGGACGCACCAGCGAGCCGACGGCCGGAAAGACGGGGCGCAGGCGUAGGGCCGGCGUGCAGAGGAGGGAAGAAAGAGCAGCGCACCGCGAGUAGGGCGCCGGCGGCCUCCAGCCUCCGGAGCGGCGCCCUCCUCCCGCCGGUGCCAGAGCCGGACCAUGGGAGGCAUGCCCCCGCGCACCGCCUGAGGACGCCGUAGCCCCCGCUCCCGCGAUGGGCGCCCCGGCUUGGGCUCUCGCCUUGUGCGUGGCCGUGGCGGUCGUGACCGGCGCCACCUCGGGGUCCUCGGGUGUGGAGCAGCGCGUAGUUCGGAGAGUGGCAGAGGUCCCAGGACCUGAGCCCCGUGUGCAGGAGCAGCUGGUGUUUGGCAGUGGGGACACGGUGGAGCUGAGCUGCCACUUGCCCGCCGGUGGUCCCAUGGGGCCCACUGUCUGGGUUAAGGACGGGGCAGGGCUGGCACCCUCAGACCGGGUCCUGGUGGAGCCGCAGCGGUUGCAGGUGCUCAACGCCUCGCACGAGGACGCCGGGGCCUACAGCUGCCGGCAGAGGCUCACCCAGCACGUUCUUUGCCAAUUCAGCGUGCGCAUCACAGACGCACCGUCCUCGGGAGAUGAUGAAGAAGGCGAGGAUGAGGCAGAAGACACAGCAGGGGCCCCUUACUGGACACGGCCUGAGCGGAUGGAGAAAAAGCUGCUAGCUGUGCCAGCUGCCAACACCGUGCGCUUCCGCUGCCCGGCCGCCGGCAACCCCACCCCGUCCAUCUCCUGGCUGAAGAACGGCAAGGAGUUCCGGGGCGAGCACCGCAUCGGGGGCAUCAAGCUGCGCCACCAACAGUGGAGCCUGGUCAUGGAGAGCGUGGUGCCCUCGGACCGUGGCAACUACACCUGCGUCGUGCAGAACAAGUUCGGCCGCAUCCGGCAGACCUACACCCUGGACGUGCUGGAGCGCUCUCCGCACCGGCCCAUCCUGCAGGCCGGGCUGCCGGCCAACCAGACGGCCGUGCUGGGCAGCGACGUGGAGUUCCACUGUAAGGUGUACAGCGACGCGCAGCCCCACAUCCAGUGGCUCAAGCACGUGGAGGUCAACGGCAGCAAGGUGGGGCCCGACGGCACGCCCUACGUCACCGUGCUCAAGUCCUGGAUCAGUGAAAGUGUGGAGGCUGACGCUCGCCUCCACCUGGCCAAUGUGUCCGAGCGCGACGGGGGCGAGUACCUCUGUCGAGCCUCCAAUUUCAUAGGCGUGUCUGAGAAGGCCUUUUGGCUGCGUGUUCACGGGCCCCAAGCAGCCGAGGAGGAGCUGCUGGAGGCCGGCGAGGCGGGCAGCGUGUACGCAGGAGUCCUCAGUUACGGGGCGGGCUUCCUGCUCUUCAUCCUGGUGGUGGCCGCCGUGACGCUCUGCCGCCUGCGCAGUGCCCCCAAGAAGGGCCUGGCACCCACGGUGCACAAGGUCUCCCGCUUCCCGCUCAAGCGACAGCAGGUGUCCUUGGAGUCCAACUCGUCCAUGAACUCCAACACGCCUCUGGUGAGAAUCGCCCGGCUGUCCUCAGGGGAGGGCCCCGCGCUGGCCAACGUCUCGGAGCUGGAGCUGCCCGCCGACCCCAAGUGGGAGCUGCCCCGGGCCCGGCUCACCCUUGGCAAGCCUCUCGGGGAGGGCUGCUUUGGCCAGGUGGUCAUGGCAGAGGCCAUCGGCAUCGACAAGGAUCGGGCCACCAAGCCUGUCACCGUGGCUGUGAAGAUGCUGAAAGAUGACGCCACGGACAAGGACCUGUCCGACCUGGUGUCAGAGAUGGAGAUGAUGAAGAUGAUCGGGAAGCAUAAGAACAUCAUCAACCUGCUGGGCGCCUGCACGCAGGGUGGGCCCCUGUACGUGCUGGUGGAAUACGCGGCCAAGGGCAACCUGCGGGAGUACCUGAGGGCCCGGCGGCCCCCGGGCACGGACUACUCCUUCGACACCUGCAAGCUGCCCGAGGAGCAGCUUACCUUCAAGGACCUGGUGUCCUGCGCCUACCAGGUGGCGCGGGGCAUGGAGUACCUGGCCUCGCAGAAGUGCAUCCACCGCGACCUGGCGGCGCGCAACGUGCUGGUGACCGAGGACAGCGUGAUGAAGAUCGCGGACUUCGGCCUGGCCCGGGAUGUGCACAACCUGGACUACUACAAGAAGACCACCAACGGCCGGCUGCCUGUGAAGUGGAUGGCGCCCGAGGCCUUGUUUGACCGCGUCUACACCCAUCAGAGCGAUGUCUGGUCCUUUGGGGUCCUGCUCUGGGAGAUCUUCACACUGGGGGGCUCGCCGUACCCCGGCAUCCCUGUGGAGGAGCUUUUCAAGCUACUGAAGGAAGGUCACCGCAUGGACAAGCCGGCCAAUUGCACACACGACCUGUACAUGAUCAUGCGGGAGUGUUGGCACGCCGUGCCCUCACAGAGGCCCACCUUCAAGCAGCUGGUGGAGGACCUGGACCGCGUCCUCACAGUGACGUCCACCGACGAGUACCUGGAUCUGUCAGUGCCCUUCGAACAGUACUCGCCGGGAGGCCAGGACACCCCCAGCUCCAGCUCCUCAGGGGACGACUCCGUGUUUGCCCACGACCUGCUGCCCCCGGCCCCACCCAGCAGCGGGGGCCCCCAGACGUGAAGGCCCCCAGCCUUCAGGCCGAGCCCCCACCACGUGAGGCUGGGCUCCUGCCCACCACGCUGC